AUGGCCACGACUCAAGUCAACAACUUCAUUGGGAUGCAAUACUCCCGUGAAGGUAGCGACUAUGAAAAAGAGGACUACAACUUCUUCAAUCAGCAGUACGCGACUUCAUCCUACAUAGAUGUAGCGGGUCACGAUUUGGAUCCCGCUCUCAUUCUCAAGCCGAAGGAUGACAACGAUGUCAUCAGCGCCAUCAGCUAUGCCGUUCAAAACAAAGUCGGCAUUGCUAUCAAGAGUGGUGGUCACCAGUACAGCGGCGCUUCUUCUUGUGGAGGCAAGAACGUGCAGCUUGAUGUGAGCAACACGUACAAGGACUUGAAAAUCAUCGACAAGCCAACUAUUCCCGUCCCUGAUGACAGAGUCCUCGCCUUCGCUGGUGUCAGUGGCCACGGCCAGACCGGCGGUUAUGGCCAACUCGGCCGCAGCUUUGGUCUUCUUGGUGAUUACAUCACCGAGAUUCGCAUGAUCGACCACAGCGGGAAGGUCUUGCUCGCCAAUAAGGAUCAGAAUGCUGAGCUGUUUUAUGCUAUUCGCGGUGGUAGCCCUGGAAACUUUGGUGUUAUUACGCACUAUACCAUUAUGGUAUUCAAGGCCAAGAGCUACAUGGGCAUUGAAAACACGAUCAAGACUCCCAAAGGCCCAGUGAAAUUCCAGGGACCACGUGGAGUCAAGGCCUUUUGGCUUUACAACGAGAACACUCUCAAGUCUCUUUUGGGCUAUGUUGCAGCGAUGUCGGAUGCGGGCAACGCGCCCCGAGGACGCGACCUUUGCGUCAACGUUCUUAGCACGGACUUUGAUAUCACCAAACUCUUUCCCUCAUUCAAGAACGAUGAGGUCUGGAAAGGUCUUCAAGACACAGUCUUUAGGUUUUUCCCUGAUAACAUCCGUGCCCUAUUGGCGGGUAAACUGCCUCCAGUUAUCGUCCUUUACGCGCAGUGGUGCCCCGUUGGAGAUCAACAGAAGUAUGACGAAAGCACGGAUGCGUGGUUCCAGCAAUUUCGGAAUUUAGAUGAUUUCAAGCAUGGCUGUGUUCACUUCGAUGAGUUUCCUGCGGACAUGGCCAACAUGACGGGCCACUGGGUAUUCCCCCAGCGACGAGAGUUCCCGUGUCCAUACGUCAAGCGAACGUAUGCCACCAACUCGAAGACACUCGGCAAGGAUGGUUGGGUCAACGCUCUAGCCAAGCAACUUGGAAAGAUCUGCGAUCCAUACGAGAAGCUGGACGAUGCGAACAAGAAACCUGUGCCGAAUGACCUUUACGACAAUUGCAAGCUCUCAGCCCAGAUCCAGUGCUUCGGAGGAGAAAAUUCGAUGUUCUACAAAAACCGGGACAACGGAGCUGCCUACAGUUGGAGAGAUUCGACUGUUCUUCAGACUGUGGACAGUUGGUAUCUCAACAAAGGCCAGCCAAAUUAUGAAUUGUCCCAGAAACUCGCAAACAACUGGCAGACUGAGAAUGACGGCAUCAUGAUUGGCGCAAAGAGCUGCUUUAGUAAGACAAACAGGCGUGUUCUUUGGGGCUCCUGGGGUGAGUGGGAUAUGGCCAAGCCUGAAGUCUGGAAGACCUACUAUGAAGAUGAGGCCAAGUACUAG